AUGUCUCGAUCACGCACAGUUGGUCUCACAGGCAGACGCCUGCAACAGGCCUUUUCGCCUGCUCAUAAAUAUCAGUGGUCGCGAUCAGUCGCGUCGCUCUCAUCAGCAGACAAGACUCUUCUGGGCGGCUCUCUCCUGGAGAAUGACCCCGAGCUUCAUGCCAUUCUCAAGCGUGAGGAGAAGAGGCAGCAGCACUUUAUCAACCUCAUUCCCUCUGAGAACUUCACAUCCAAGUCUGUGCUCGAGGCUCUGGGCAGUGUCAUGCAGAACAAGUACUCUGAGGGAUACCCCGGGGCUAGAUACUACGGAGGUAACGAGCACAUCGACGAGGCCGAGAGACUGUGCCAGAAACGUGCUUUGGAAGCUUUCCGCCUCGAGUCUGAUCGAUGGGGCGUGAAUGUCCAAGCCCUGUCCGGAUCACCCGCCAACCUCUACGCCUAUUCGGCUCUCCUCAACACCCAUGAACGCAUCAUGGGUCUUGAUCUCCCCCAAGGCGGCCAUCUGUCCCACGGCUACCAGCUCCCUACGAAGAAAAUCUCCAUGGUUUCCAAGUACUUUGAGACCUUGCCAUACGUCCUAGACGAGAAGACCGGCCUUAUUGACUACGAGAAGCUGCGCCAGAAUGCUCUUCUCUACCGUCCCAAGAUCAUCAUCGCCGGUACCUCCGCCUACUCGCGCCUCAUCGACUACGCCCGUAUGCGCGCAAUCGCAGACGAGGUCGGCGCCUACCUCCUCGCCGACAUGGCCCACAUCUCCGGCCUCGUCGCUGCCGGUGUCCUCCCCUCUCCCUUCGAGUACGCCGACAUCGUCACCACCACCACCCACAAGACCCUGCGCGGCCCCCGCGGCGCCAUGAUCUUCUUCCGCAAGGGCGUCCGCUCCGUCAAGAAGAACGGCGAUGAGGUCAAGUACGACCUCGAGGGCCCCAUCAACGCCUCCGUCUUCCCCGGCCACCAGGGCGGACCCCACAACCACACCAUCACCGCCCUGGCCACCGCCCUCCGCCAGGCCAAGUCGCCCGAGUUCGCCGAGUACCAGAAGCAGGUGCUCGUCAACUCCAAGGCCUUCGCCGCCCAGCUCUCCGACGCCCUCGGCUACACGCUCGUCUCGGGCGGCACCGACAACCACCUCGUCCUCGUGGACCUCAAGCCCAAGGGCGUCGACGGCGCCCGCGUCGAGCGCGUGCUCGAGCUCUGCGGCAUCGCCUGCAACAAGAACACGGUGCCCGGCGACAAGUCGGCCCUCAAGCCCGGCGGCCUGCGCCUGGGCACACCGGCCAUGACCACCCGCGGCUUCACCACCACCGACUUUGAGCGCGUCGCCGACAUCAUCCACCGCGGCAUCGGCAUCACCCUCGCCGUCGACAAGGAGGCCAAGGCCGAGGCCCAGGCCAAGGGCGUCAAGAACCCCGCCACGGUCAAGGCCUUCCUGAACCAUCUCGGCGACGGCAAGCAGGUUGAGGAGAUCCAGACUCUGCGGAAGGAGGUUGAGGAGUGGGUUGGGCAGUUUGACCAACCCUGGGUUCUGUAG